AUGGCGAACGCCGGUGAGGGAGAGAGUCGGCAGGGCGCCGGGGAGAUGUCGUUGGAGCAGCAUUUCGAGAGCAAGGAGGUGCCCUCAUGGACGGAUCAGCUCACCUUCAGGGCUUUCGCAGUUAGCCUGAUGCUAGGGUUCUUCUUUAGCUUUAUCGUCAUCAAGCUUAGUCUCACAACCGGCAUUAUUCCCUCCCUUAACGUCUCCGCCGGGUUAUUGGGGUUCUUCUUCGUGAAGACGUGGACUAAGAUUCUCGAGAAGGCCGGUCUCCUUAAGCAACCUUUCACCCGCCAGGAGAACACUGUCAUCCAGACUAGUGUCGUCGCUCUCUCCGGCAUCGCCUUCAGCGGUGGUUUUGGGAGUUACAUACUUGGGAUGAGCAAGAAUGUGGCAAAUGACCUCAAUGAGGGCUACACUGCAAGAUACACGAAGGAACCUUCUCUAGGUUGGAUGAUCGGCUUCCUCUUCACAGUUAGCUUCGUCGGCUUGUUUACUAUUGUGCCUCUAAGGAAGAUCAUGAUCCUUGGAUACAAGCUAACAUACCCAAGCGGCACAGCCACGGCCUACCUUAUCAACAGCUUCCACACUCCUCAAGGAGCUAUGCAAGCAAAGAAACAAGUCACGUUUCUGUUCAAAACCUUUGUUGCUAGCUUCUUGUGGGCUUUCUUCCAGUGGUUUUACACAGCAGGUGAUGGUUGUGGGUUCGCUGCUUUCCCAACCUUCGGGCUUAAAGCUUAUGACCGAAGAUUUUACUUUGAUUUCUCGGCAACCUACGUUGGAGUGGGAAUGAUUUGCCCUUACAUGAUAAAUAUCUCAUUGCUUCUUGGGUCCAUCAUCUCUUGGGGCAUCCUGUGGCCUUACAUCGAUAGCAAGAAGGGAGUCUGGUAUGACGCAUCAGUCCCCUCCAGCAGCAUGCAUGGCCUGACUGGAUACAAGGUGUUCAUCUCCAUUGCCAUGAUCCUUGGCGACGGCCUCUUCCACUAUCUCCUCGUCUUCUUCAGAAGCUCCUAUGACAUCUACAACAAGUGCCGACGACGAAAGGAGGUUAUCACACCCUGCACCGACGAUAACGCAAUCCCCGACCAACCCCGCAGCUUCGAUGAUCGCCGCCGCGCCAUGUCCUUCCUCAAGGACCAGAUCCCCAUCGUAUUCGUGGUCGCAGGCUACAUCAUCCUCGCGGCCAUCGCCGUCAUCGUCGUCCCCAUAAUCUUCCCCCAGCUCAAAUUCUACCACGUCAUCGUCGCGUACCUCAUUGCCCCCGUCCUCGCCUUCUGCAACUCCUACGGCACCGGCCUCACCGACUGGUCCCUGGCAUCCAGCUAUGCCAAGCUCGCCAUUUUCAUCUUUGGUGCAUGGGUCGGUCUAAGCCAUGGUGGCAUCAUGGCCGGCCUGGCGGCCUGCGGUGUGAUGAUGGGCAUCGUGUCGACGGCGUCGGACCUCAUGCAGGACUUCAAGACCGGCUACCUCACACUGGCGUCGCCGCGGUCCAUGUUCGUCAGCCAGGUUGUGGGCACCGCCAUGGGGUGCGUCAUCUCUCCGAUAGUCUUCUGGAUCUUCUACACGGCCUUUCCGGUCGGGAGCGAGGGAUCGGAGUACCCAGCGCCAUAUGCCAAGGUCUACCGAGGGAUAGCUCUGCUCGGAGUCGAGGGCUUCUCUUCCCUCCCCAAGAACUGCAUGAACUUGUGCGUCAUCUUCUUCUCUUUGGCUAUUGCGAUUAAUGCACUGAAGGAGGUGGCCGGGCAUAAGAAAUGGCGGAUAAGUAGGUACGUGCCAAGUGCCAUGGGGAUGGCGAUACCAUUCUACUUGGGAUCAUACUUUACGAUCGAUAUGUGCGUAGGGAGUUUGAUACUGUUCGUAUGGGAGAGGAUGAACAAGAGACAUGCUGAUAUCUUCGCACCGGCACUGGCAUCGGGAUUGAUAUGUGGGGAUGGGAUAUGGUCGCUUCCGGCGUCUUUGCUGGCCCUGGCGAAGGUCAACCCGCCCAUAUGCAUGGGGUUCUUGUCCCGAGCUGAUAAGGCGAUGGUGGAUGCCUUCCUGAGUGGUGGGUCAUAGGCUCUCGAGUUGAUUCAAUGGUUUAAGGUGUAACAAGGCGUUUAGGUGGCAUUGUUUUCUUAAUUGAUUUUUGUUUAUAAAUGUUGGUGCCCCAUGUCCAGCUUGGGGAUUGGGGAAUAUAAUCUCCUGAAUUAUGGAAAAAAA